AAUAUUCAGAGAGAGCUCAAAACUCUCGACUCCCUCCCUCCCUCCCGCCGGAAACACUAACAGCCACCACCACCACAUGGCUCCCCGCUACCUCCCGCUCUCCCUCCUUUUCAUCCUCUCCCUCCUCGUUAUCGCUCAUGCAAGGCUAAGCCUUGACCGGUCCGAUCUCGAGGCCCUCAGGACCAUCCAGAAGGACUUGGGCAUUGAAAUCAACCGGUUCGCAUCGCCCUGUGGCGUGCCCGGGAUAAUCUGCGAGAGGCGGCUCUCCGACAACGGGACCAAUUAUAUCCUGAGAAUCACGAGACUCGUCUUCAAGUCGCAGGAGCUUGAGGGGUCCAUCUCGCCGGCAAUCGGUCGGCUGUCCGAGCUCAAGGAGCUCUCCCUGCCCACCAACCACCUCGUUGACCAACUCCCUUCCCAUAUCCUCAAAUGCAAGAAACUAGAGAUCCUCAACCUCAAGAACAACCGGCUGUCCGGGAAGAUCCCGAACGAACUGUCCUCCCCCUCGAGGCUGCGUGUACUUGACCUCGAGUCUAAUAAAUUCUCAGGGGACCUGAGCUUCCUCAAGUACUUCCCAAAUUUGGAGAGGCUCUCUUUGGCGGACAAUCUCUUCUCCGGUAAGAUUCCCGCUUCUCUCCGUUCGUUCCGGAACCUCCAGUUCCUUAACCUUUCGGGGAACAACCUUCUCGAGGGUCGGAUUCCAUCUUUGAAGCAACUUGAGCAGUCCGAUUAUAACGGCAACCCAAAGCGUUACGUUCUUGCGGAGAAUUCGGCUCCAACAUCGAGCCCGAGAAGAAACUCAUCGGCCUCCAUCUCUCCAUCUACUGCUCCUGCUCAUGCUCCUGCAUCAAUAGCAGGAAGCAGACACAAACACAAGAACACCAAGAAGAAGGUAGCAGGUUGGAUAGUCGGGUUCUCAGGAGGAGCGAUUGCGGGAACCAUCUCAGGGUUCGUCUUCUCCCUGAUGUUUAAGCUGACCUUGGCAGUGAUAAGAGGCGGCGGGAAAGGAGGGCCCAUGAUCUUCAGCCCGCUCAUCAAGAAAAAGGAGGACUUGGCCUUCCUGGAGAAGGAAGAUGGGUUAGCUACCCUUGAGAUCAUCGGGAAGGGUGGCUGUGGAGAAGUCUACAAGGCUGAGCUACCGGGAAGCAACGGGAAGAUGAUAGCUAUAAAGAAGAUCGUUCAACCCCCGAAGGAUGCUGUCGAGUUAGCAGAAGAAGAGAGCAAGGCCCUCCACAGGAAGAUGCGCCAAAUCAGAUCGGAGAUACAGACCGUGGGAAAAAUCCGACACCGGAAUAUACUUCCUUUGUUGGCACAUGUCCCCCGACCUGAUUGCCACUACUUGGUAUACGAGUUCAUGAAGAACGGGAGCUUGGGGGAUGUAUUAGCGAGAGUCUCCGAAGGGACCUAUGAGUUGGACUGGCUCGCGAGGCACAAGAUCGCCCUCGGAGUGGCUUCUGGGCUUGAAUACCUCCACAAGAACCAGAGCCCAAGGAUCAUUCACCGGGACCUCAAGCCUGAGAACGUCCUUCUUGACGACGACAUGGAGGCCCGAAUAGCUGAUUUUGGGCUUGCCAAGGCAAUUCCUGACGCCCACACCCAUAUGACCACCUCCAAUGUGGUCGGGACUUUGGGUUAUAUCGCACCUGAAUUCCACCAAACUGUGAAGUUCACAGAGAAGAGCGACAUAUACAGCUUUGGGGUGGUACUUGCUGUCCUUGUGAUGGGAAAGCUGCCAUCCGAUAAUUUCUUCCAGAACACCGAGGAGAUGAGCUUGGUCAAGUGGCUGCGGAAUGUGAUGACCUCAGAGACUCCCCACCGUGCAAUCGACCCAAAGCUUAUGGGCAACGGGUUCGAAGAGCAGAUGCUGCUCGUUCUGAAGAUCGCAUACUUCUGCACUCUCGAUGAUGCGAAGCAAAGGCCCGAGAGUAAGGACGUAAGAUGCAUGCUGUCCCAGAUCAAGCACUGACGCCAUGCUAUAGAUGAGAGUGCUCAGUGCAUAUAAUUUUAUAUCGCCGGUGGAAUUUGUCUUCUCAAUUACAUGAACUAAGCAUGUAAGAUAUAAUCUUUUUCCUUCAGCGUUUAAGAUGUACUACUGCUACCUGUCAAAAGAACCUGACGUAUGAUAUAAUAGCCUCUUUCUGAUUGUUGUUGCUACA